CGCGUCCAUCCGGAGCCAGGCGUCCUUGCUUCUCCCCGCCGCCGUCCUCGUCCAGCCAGCCGUGCACUGGAGGUGGAGAUCUCCGCUCGCCGUCGCCGUCCGGGACCCCGAUUGGUUCCUCUUUUUCAGUUGGUAUACUUGGUAAGAAACUCAGGAUAUCCCCUGCUUGCGUGGAUGCAUCUCUCGUCUCCUGCUGUGGAAUCAUUUUCCCUGCCGCCGCCACUCAAAUCCGAAAAUAAAUAUUCUUUAUUUUCUUGCACGGGCUCUCCAAUCCUCCAGCUCGUCGCGGAUUCGUUUCCCGCGCGGCGGAGUACUGUAUGCAUCUGAUUUUUCCAGGAUUUUUUUUUCGCGAAGAUCAGAGGCUGCUGGAUGUGGAAUGAAGCGAUGGCACCUGAUGGAGGAUCCUCUACCUUCCGGGGGUUGUACGGCAACAUCCACACCCCGGCAGUGGUCACUGGCGCCGCGUUUGCGGUUGUCGCUCUCCUCAUCUCGCUCUGGCUCAUCCUGCAGCACCUCAGAUCGUACAACAAUCCAGCCGAGCAGAAGUGGAUCAUAGCUGUGCUGUUUAUGGUGCCUGUAUAUGCCUCUGAAUCUAUAAUUUCACUGUGGAAUUCGAAGUUCUCUCUGGCUUGUGAUAUAUUGCGGAAUUGUUACGAAGCCUUUGCUCUGUAUGCCUUUGGACGAUACUUGGUCGCUUGCCUUGGUGGGGAACGGCAAGUGUUCCGGUUACUUGAGAACAGAAAAAGGGAAGAGCUAAGUGAACGGUUGCUCGAGAGUCAAGACAAGACACAAGCUCAUAACCAAAGUAGAGUGUGGAAUUUCUUUUGUGACCCUAAUGCUCUGGGAGAAAGCUUGUACACAAUUAUUAAAUUCGGUCUUGUGCAAUAUAUGAUUCUGAAGACACUGUGUGCUUUCUUGGCAUUGAUCUUGGAGCUUUUUGGAGCCUAUGGAGAUGGUGAAUUCAAGUGGAACUAUGGAUAUCCUUACAUUGCUGUUGUCAUAAAUUUCAGCCAGACAUGGGCGUUGUACUGUCUUGUCAAAUUUUACAAUGCAACGCAUGAAAAGUUACAGGCAAUAAGGCCACUAGCUAAGUUCAUAAGCUUUAAGGCCAUUGUAUUUGCCACUUGGUGGCAAGGAUUCGGCAUUGCAAUCAUAUGCCAAACUGGGCUCCUUCCCAAAGAGGGCAAAGUGCAGAAUGCAAUACAGGACUUCCUCAUUUGCAUUGAGAUGGCUAUCGCAGCUAUAGCGCAUGCCUAUGUCUUCACCGUGGAGCCGUACCAGCACAUCCCUGUACUUGAUCAUGGGAAAGUCGCAUGUGAGGAAAGUAAAAUGGAGGUGAAGGUAGAUGUCAACGAUGGCAGGAGCAGUACACCAACUAUCAUUAAACAGGAGGAUACCCAUGUCGAAGCUCCGGGUACAAGCAUCAAAGAGAGCAUGCAGGAUGUCGUUCUUGUUGGUGGCCACCAUGUUGUCAAGGAUGUUGCCCUUACUAUCUCCCAGGCAAUUGGACCUGUGGAGAAAGGUGUCGAGAAAGGUGUUGGGAAGAUCCAGGAGAAGUUCCACCACAUCUCCCUGAAGCCAGGGGACAAAAAAGGACCUGAAGUUGAUGUUGAGGAGCACGUCACUGAGAACGUAGUGGACGGCAAACCUGUCAGGGUUGACGCAGAGGUUGAAGUCGAACAAAAGGUGCAAGAUGACAGUGAGGAUGGCAAAACUGCUGUGAUUGAAACCGAGAUGGAAAUCCAAAGAACGGGCAAGGAUAAUGAAGUGUAGCCAUCCUUGUUAUGUACGGAUUACUGCUCACUCGAAAACAUCAGAAGUAUAGCAUAAAGCUUGGUAGGAACUGGAAAGAACAUGUACUCUUCCCCAUCUGUUCUGGGAUUUAAUCGUCGUGUGUCUUUUAAUACAGUGAUUAGAGUUACAUCCAA